AAGCUACACCCACUUACCCUUUUAACUUAAAGAGUCUGACACCCAGCAGGUGUCCUGUAGUAAGAGAAGAUAUUGUUUCGGCUUCUUCCACUUCGUUUAUAGCCAACAUGAACAGGCUAAUUCUAACAGCAGGUCUCUGUUUGAUGAUCAUCAGCUUGGCCUCUUCUUCCAUGCUGAUGUGUAACUUUGACCGCUCAGCGGAAACCAGAGCCGCACAAGGCCAGUUUAGGAUUUCAGACAUUGAUCCAAAUCUGUGCACCCACAUUAUCUACACAUCCGCUGACAUCAGCUCUACGAAUGAACUGGUUCCCUUCAACGCUUCUGACUUAAUAGACUACAUAUCCGUCAAUGAUCUUAAAAACAGAAAUCCACAGCUCAAAACCCUGUUAUCAGUUGGUGGAGUGACGUUUAACAUACAAAAGUUUAGUAAGAUGGCGUCAACACAAACAACCAGAUCCACGUUUAUCCAGUCUGCUGUCUUACUACUGAGAACCUUUGGGUUUGAUGGGAUCGACGUGGACUGGAGGUUCCCUGGACCAGGUGGCAAACAGGCAUUCACAAUGUUGUGCAAGGAACUUCUUGCUGCCUUUGUGAAUGAGGGGACCCAAACAAACCGCCAAAGACUAAUUCUCACCGCUAGCGUCUCUGCUGUGAAAGCAGUCAUCAGUGCCAGUUAUGAAGUACCACAGAUUGCCACGUCCCUUGAUUACCUACUCGUGCUGACAUUUGACUUUCACGGCCCCUGGGAAAAUGUCACAGGGCAUCACAGCCCCCUAUAUCAGGGAUCACAAGACACUGGAAACAACAUCUACCUUAACACUGAUUACGCCAUGCGGUUCUGGCAGGACCAGGGGGCACCUGCACAAAAGCUCAUCAUGGGGUUAGCAGCAUAUGGACGAGCCUUUACACUCGCCUCCUCAGCCACAGGUGUUGGAGCACCUGCUAACGGUCCGGGUGAAGAAGGCUGCUACACUGGUGAAAACGGAUUCUGGGCCUAUUAUGAGACCUGUCUAUAUAUUCAAGGGGGUCAAAUGGAGUGGAUCCCUGAACAGAAAGUCCCCUACGAUGUCACAGAGGGUCAGUGGGUUGGAUUUGACAACCAAAUGAGUCUUGCGAUUAAGGUCAGUUACAUUAAAGCAAACAACUUUGGUGGAGCCUUCGUCUGGUCUCUGGACCUGGACGACUUCAGAGGGGAGUUCUGUAACCAGGGGAUUAACCCUUUCAUCGGUUUCCUGAGUUCUCAACUGAUUUCAGACUUCAACACCACAACAAUGCCCUUAAACCUAACUCUACCCACUUCCACAACUCCCACCACCUCUAAUCUUACUACCAUUACUCCCGCUACCACAACCACAACUCCUACUACCGAUACUCCUACUCCCACUACCACAACUCCUACCGCCACUAAUCCCACUACCACAACUCCGACCACCACUACUCCUACUACCACAACUCCUACCGCCACUACAGCUCCUACCACCACCACUACUCCUACUACCACUAAUCCCACUACCACAACCACAACUCCUACUACCACAACUCCGACCACCACUCCUCCUACUACCACAACUCCUACCGCCACUACAGCUCCUACCACCACAACUCCUACCGCCACCACAGCUCCUACUACCACUAAUCCCACUACCACCACUACCACAACCACAACUUCUACCACUACUACUCCCACUACCACAACUCCGACCACCACUACUCCUACUACCACAACUCCCACUACAACAACCAUUACCACAACUCCUACCACCACUACUCCCACUACCACAACUCCUACUACCACUACCCCUACUACCACAACUCCCACGACAACAACCAGGACCACAACGCCGACCACCACGACGCCCACGACCACAACACCACAACCCGACGACCACAACGCCGACGACCACAACCACGACACCCACGACCACGACGCCCACGACCACAACGCCGCCGACCACAACGCCCACGACAACAACCACCACAACGCCGACCACCACGACCCCACGACCACAACGCGACGACCAGACCCCGACGACCACAACGCCCACGACAACAACCAGGACCACAACGCCGACCACCACGACGCCCACGACCACAACGCCGACGACCACGACCCCGAGACCAACGCCGACGACCCACGACCACAACGCCGACGACCACAACGCCGACGGGACAACAACCACGACACCCACGACCACGACGCCCACGACCACAACGCAGCCGACCACAAAACGCCACGACAACAACAGGACCACAACGCCGACCACCACGACGCCCACGACCACAACGCACGACCACGACCCAGACACACAACGCCGACGACCACGACCACAACGCCGACGACCACAAACGCCGAAACCACAACCACGACACCAGACCAGACGCCCACGACCACAACUCGACUACCAGACCCCUACGACCACAAAGCCGACGACCACGACCACAACCGACACACGACGCCCACGACCACAACGCGACUACCACGACCCCGACUCACAACGCCGACGACCACUACCACAACUCCGACCACCACUACUCCUACUACCACAACUCCUACUACCACUACCCCUACUACCACAACUCCUACCACCACUACUCCCACUACCACAACUCCUACUACCACUACCCCUACUACCACAACUCCUACUACCACUACCACAACUCCUACUACCACUACUCCUACUACCACUACCACUACACCUACCACCACUACUCCCAGUACCACAACUCCUACUACCACAACUCCUACCACCACUACUCCCACUACCACAACUCCUACCACCACUACCACUCUUCCUACUACCACUACCACUACCACAACCACAACCACUACCACUACUACAACUACAUCUCUUGGAUAUGAUCCCAAUUUCUGUAGUUCACUGGGUUAUGGAUAUUAUACAAACCCCAGUAACCCACAUACGUAUUACCAGUGUGACGCUGGUCGGACCUUUUUGCAGAACUGCCCAUCAGGCUUGUCUUUCCGAACAUAUUGCACUUGUUGUGAUAUUUAACGUGUGGUCAGGGUAGGCAGGGGAGGCGGGGCCUCACCUCACCUGACAAUACCAUAACGUGACUAAAGAAAACGUAAAAUAAUAAUUAUUUCUGUCCAGUGAUCUGUGUUAUACGUGUUAUGAAAUAUAAUUUUUUCCUAUAAUUUCAAUUAUCUUAACAUUAGUUAGCAUUAUAG